CAAUCGAUAUGCUCUGAUGGCCCCUGCACUUGAUUCCGACGGUAAGACUCCCAUGAAGUCGCUCUGGAGGGAAUAUGAGUAUGUGGGGAAGGGGUAAUGUGAUAUGUAUCUGUGGCCUUAGGACUGUCUUCGCCUCCCAGAGAGUAACAAAACCGUCCACCAAUGGAAGGAGCACCGAGUGGCAUAUGAAUGACUAUGGCAUGGGGAUUGAUAGUGGUCCCAUUAGAUUAUCAUGCAAAUUUUAUACCGGAGGGUCCGCCACUUCCAUGGCUAUCAGUUGGAGUCACCCACAGCGUGAAGGAUAGGAUCUC